AUGCCGUCCGUCGCGUGGAGCCAGGUCAAUGAGACCAACCCCAGCCCAUACGACCAGGUCUUCAUCCUGAGUGAAGCAGUGAUCAAUCAGUCCUUUCAGGCCAUGUUUCCUAUGCCUGUGCCGUUCAGCCGACAGGACAAAGAAGCUGUCCGGACUCGUCAGACUGGACAGUGGAUUAGUAAUGGGAUGGUUAGUGCCCCUCAAGUCUCCAUCCAUGUCGAGGAGCGCAGCCCAGCCUACCUGACCUUGUUUACCUUACCCUUCACCUCUGGGAUGAUCCAUCUUCGCACCUCGCCUCGAGGAGCACGAGAUACAUUUCAGAACUUUCCACUCGGUGGCUGGAAGCUCGUCUUUAAGACUAGGAUUGAUGUUGGUGCUGGCGCCGGUUUUGAUGUCCCCCAUAGCAGUUAUAACGGGGUUACACUCUCUGAUGACGCUCUUGAUAACCUGAAACUGUUUGUCAAUGAGUGGCUGAAUACUGCCGACACGCGCCAUCUAAAUGUGAUUGGAUACUCAUUGACAGCACAAAAACCAACUUCGCCUCAAAACUUUGUCGGCACCUUUGCUCCGUCAAUCAUUGACUAUGCCCCUUAUGCCUGGAUUGACCCACGUCGACCCACUGUUGAGACAGAUGGCCUGCAGCAAAAUGCACUGGCCAUGCUGACCUAUACCAAUAGCAGCCAUCGCAGUAGCUAUGCGCCACCUGGUCUACAGCACAGUGGCGCAUUUACUGACAGCGGUGCAGCUUUCUGCAUGAAUAUGAGUCUCCUUUGGAACCACUUUUUGCUAGGCCUCCUACAGGAGAUUAAUCAAAAGACAGAGGUGAUCCCGCAGAAGGCGGCUUUUGCAACGGUCGAAUGCAGAUAUGUCCUUGGCAAAAAUCCCAGGCAUCGCAGCAUGAGCGAUAGGUACUUUGGUUGGAAGCAGCAGAGCAAGGAUGGGCAACCACACUGGAUCUGGAAGGGAGAUGCUCAGAAGCGUGCAGAUAAGUGGAGUUCUCGAGGAUCCAAAAUGUACUACAAGUUCGCCCAAGAAGAACUAUCAUUCCAUGCUGGAGGAAGUGACAUUCAUCUUAAGGGAACAGUUAUCUAUGAUGCUCAGCUGACUACUAUUGGGUACCCAUGGUCUAUGGCCUUCCACAGCGUGACUGAGUGGAACCUGAGCUUCCGCAUGCAGGCUGUCGCAGGUGGCGGUAUCCAAAUCAUCCGCGCCGGCAACCCCUCUGUUCAUGCGAAGAUAGUCAAAGUUAAAAGUAACAACUUUCCUGAUAAGGGUAGGAUAAAUCGGGGACUUCAUUCUCUCGAGAAAAGUCUAGAAAAUUACCUGCGCAGUGGGAUUGGAAGGAUCACAAACCAGCUUGGCAGCAAGCUGAAGAACCUACACAAGCUGUUCCUGCCUGGUCUUGGUGUGUUCCGUUUUGGAACACCACAGUUCAAUAAAAGAGGCGACCUUCUCGCUGAUCUUGAAUACUUGAAAACCAAUGCGCCCAGCAAAUUUGUCAUCUCCAAUAGGUCAGUUAGAGACUCCUCACAUGAGGUAGAUGCCCUGCCCCUUCCAUUUGAGGAAGAUUUCGAGUCUCGAUUCGCGCAUAUCGCCCUAAUGUCUAAGGAUUACCCCGAGGAUGAGCCUGUCUUUGACGAGGAGAAUAUGCACCAGCGCAUCGAGAUGGACUACGAGCACAAAGAAGAAUCAGACUUAUUUUUUGAUCUUAAUAUCAUUGAUAUCGAAAAGUCCGCACAGUACGAAGCUGACGAGGAUUUUUUCCCUGGCCCUGGUCCUGGUCCGCUUGCGGGCGUUGACUGGGACCAUGUCGAGCGGACGGAAAGGCCUUGGCAUGAGGAGGGCGAUGAUGAGUACACUGAAGACAAGGGCCCGGACGAUAAGCCAGAAAAGGAGAUUACCAAACAGCCAACAGUCAAAACCCCGGUUGUUGAUAAUGAAGAUGGCGAUAUUCCCCCACCUUUUGGUCCGUUGGAUGGUUAG